CCAUGGACAACGGACAUAUUCGCUCAGUUCUUGCCCGAUCCGAGCAGGCUCGAGCGUGAUGAAAUGAAAUGAAUACGAGCACAGAGCAACGACGAAGAGGCAAAGAGAGGGAAAGAGAAAGAGAGAGUUGUUGAAGAAUGGCGUCUGCAGGACGUCUGCAUGGCGCAUGGCGAGGCUUUUCAUGGUAACAAGCAGGCUCUCGUCGACUAGGUACAACCCUCGCUUUCCUCGUAGAAGGUGUCCACGUUAGAGAAGAACGGCCGUAAUAGUUGAGACGCUUGACCGACUGUUGCGCAUGAAAAGUCGGAGUGAAUUCGAGUUUUCGCUCCCCAAAAGUCUUCAGUUUAGGCUUCAAAAGCUGAACGAGCCAAGGUGAAAGUAAAGUUCCCCCGAGAAGAUAUACAUGUGUACGCGUGAAGGAACCGCAUUUCGCGAUAUUGAAAUACAUUGGAGAAACAUGCUCGCGUCGACGUGCCUCGUGAUUGUGGCAACUUGGUCGAGUGUGAAUUAACCCAAUUCACGAUAGCGAUAUGUGUUCCUUAAUGAACCCGACUCUCUUCGGGAUGGACGAUGCGAUGGACAAGUUGGAAAACGCCUGCAGACUGUGCUUGGAGCAGAGGAACGAGAUGCUGCCCAUCUUCGGGGACGAGGGUCUGCAACGCAGGGUGGUUCAGAAGCUGCGGGCCUGCCUGCCCGUCCUGGUCUACAAAACCGAUCCCUUGCCCAAACAGAUCUGUCAGUUCUGCGCGGCGAGGCUGGACGACGUGUACGAGUUCAGAGAGUAUUGCCUGAACGUCUACAAGAGUAUGUAUGCCAUGUUGAACAAGUGUACGCGGACAGACUCUGUACAGAUAUUCCUGGACGCGAUGAAAAACUCAGCGGAUCCAUGUCAGGCGCAACUCUGCAAGGAGAAGUCUAGAGCACCACCGCCAUUGGUUCCUCUAUCGAUAGCUAUGCCCUUUGAUGAUUCCGUGACUCCGCUCAAUCAGAUUAGUCAAGAUCACUUGCAAAAUGCCUGCAUGGAGACCUUGCCUGAACUACCUUGCGAGGUGGAAAUCAAAGAGAUGAAUGCAGAUCCAAUUUUGGAUGCUGAAACUACAAUCUGUGAGCCAUCGAAGAAGAAACGCAAAUUGUCAGAUAUAUUUGACGCAAAUAUGCAAAUGGGUACAAAUGUUUCUAUAUUUGAAGACAUGGAAGACACACUUUUCAAGGCAGAUUAUCAAACGAGAAAGGAAGAGAAACGAACCAGUAUUUUGGAACAAGUUUUGACUGGUAGUCUGACAAUGAAUAAUCAUCAACAGCUACAACCUAGAGUAAAAUUAACUUCCGAAUGGUGGUGCGCACCCUGUAACAGUUAUUACAAAACAAAGGACAGUCUAAUGAAGCACAUGCAUUUGCACUGCCCGCGUGUAUAUACCUGUAGAAAAUGUUCUUUAUCUUUUAAUUCUGUGGAAGUCUUAGCAAAGCACGAAGCUAAUAAUCAUUUAAAAGUCAAAUUAGACUAUACGGAAAACUUGCAAGAUUGUCAUAAAUGCGAUCGACAGUUUAUAAGCUAUGAAAUGUUAAGGCAACAUAGAUUGCGCGAUCAUUUAGCCGAAUUGACUGAGAUUGGAACUAACACCUGGUGUUCAUUGUGCAAUAGGUUUUUUCCCACUGUAAAAAGUUAUCAAAAUCACAUUCUAUUACACACGCAUAAUCAAGCAAAUUCGAUAAUACAGCAGAAACUACCUGUCGUAGAGCCUGCAAAGAUAGCAGAACGGCCAAAGGAAAUUAAAAGAGAAGAGCAAUUCUAUGAAAACGUAAAGUCUCUUAUGUGUCCCACUUGCGGAAAGGUUUGCACUCAGCAAAGUGCAUUAUCAAAUCACAUGCGUACUCAUGAACCGAAAAGACAUAAAUGCGACAUUUGCGGCCGGUCGUUCGGACUUUUUAUACGUCUGGCCGCACACAGAGUAACCGAGCAUAAUGUGCAACCAACAAUGUUACCAGUUUUGUCACCAGUUGAGCAGGAGGAAGCUUUGAAUGCUGAAAGAGAAGCAAGAGAAGCGAGAGAAGCUAAAACUCGUGGUACCAAGAAUAGAUUCUAUUCCGAGGUGAUGGAGAAAAAUAAUGUUCUGUUAGAUGACGAAUCUUCAACAAAGCGCAAUUCUAGUGGAUUCAAAAACGUUGCAAGAUGUGGCAUUUGUCUACUAUGGUUUAGCGACCAUACAACAAUGUUAACACAUCUCCAAACACACUCGGACAAUUCCCAUAAAAACUUCGUAUGCCACAUAUGUAAAAAGUCAUUUAAGGAACAAUCGCAACUGCUUAGGCAUGAGAGUUGCCAUAAACGCCUGACGCUCGAUAAUGCUUCGCUAUAUACAUCUGCUACUUGCAACAAAUCAUCGUCUAUGGAUAAAACGCAACAAAAGAUGCACACAGUGGAUAGAACUUAUCACUGCGCAAAAUGUAAUAAAAUUUUUUUCAAAGAAGUAUCGCUUCUCACUCAUCAAUGCACGAGCAAGGCACAAAUUGGAAAGAAAACUGCCGCAAAAUCUCAGCAGAAGACAUCGUCUCACGAUACGGAUAAGAAAUACAAAUGUUCAAAGUGUGACGCAUCUUUCGCAAGUUCGCAAUCACGAAAUGCUCAUAUGAGAAUGCACGUCGAAGGCACGCAUAGCAGUACGGUAUGUAAUGCACAGAAACACGAGAUUAAAGUUGAAAAGGAUGAACCGAUGCCAAAAUUACGCCCAGAGACAUCGUUGGAAUACAAUAUGUCUCUUAUUGAGCCAAAAAUUGAAAUCAGUGAACAAAGUACACCCCCACCUCUUAAACGGACUCUCAUCAAAACCGCUAAUGGACAUCGAUGUGGUGUAUGUCAAUCACCAUUCGUCUCGAGAGAGCUAGCAGUAGCGCAUUUGAGGUCCGCACAUCCUGUGAUGCCAUAUCAGUGUCCUUAUUGCAAGAAACGCUUUACGACGCAGUACACAUUCACCCAUCACAUCAAGACAGAGCAUCCCGAUGAGCCCGAGAAAUAAAGGUUGUUUGAAACUGCAUCAAAGAAAUCAUAAUUUAUAAGGCGUUGCUGCUGCCAGGAAAAUAGAUAAAAGAAAUAGGACAUUAUAUAUAUGUACACAUACGCGGAUACAGUAAACAGCAAGAUAUUGAAAAGCCAAUAUAUCCGACUGAGCGGAAGUCGCCGACUGUCAUCGUGAGACAUCGCGUCCUAGAGAAUGCAGACGAU